GGGGUUGAACCAGACAGUCCGAGCCCGGAGUCAGUGCUCUUGCUGUUACAGGUUUGCGCUGUUCGUGCCCGUUGUGCUUGGUGCUCACCGAAAUGCUGCUGCCGCUCCUACUGUUCUGCUCCGUGGCUGGCAUUGUCCAGUCCACUGUCUACUUCACCGAACAAUUCGCAGAUGGAGAUGCCUGGAAGAGCCGAUGGAUUGAGUCCAAAUACAAAUCAGACUAUGGCAAAUUCAAACUAACAGCUGGAAAAUUUUAUGGAGAUCUUGAGAAAGACAAAGGUAUUCAGACCAGCCAGGAUGCUAGGUUUUAUGCCCUGUCAGCAAGAUUUGAGCCGUUCAGCAAUGAGGGGAAAAACCUAAUAAUUCAGUUCACAGUGAAACAUGAGCAGAAGAUAGAUUGUGGCGGUGGUUAUAUUAAACUUUUCCCAGCUGAUGUGGAUCAGGAUAACAUUCAUGGAGAAUCUGAAUAUUAUCUCAUGUUUGGUCCCGAUAUUUGUGGAUAUUCAACAAAGAAAGUGCAUGUAAUUGUCAACUACAAAGGCAAGAACCAUCUCGUCAAGAAAGAUAUUAAGUGCAAGGAUGAUGAGUUGACCCACCUCUACACACUGAUCAUUAAACCUGAUCAGACAUAUGAAGUUAAGAUUGACAAUGCAAAAGUGGAGUCUGGAAACCUGGAGGACGAUUGGGACUUGCUGCCAUCAAAGAAGAUCAAGGACCCUGAGGUGUCCAAGCCAGAGGACUGGGAUGACCGAGAGACAAUUGAUGAUGUUGAUGAUAAAAAGCCAGAGGAUUGGGAUAAACCUGAAAACAUUCCAGACCCUGAUGCCAAGAAACCAGAGGAUUGGGAUGAAGAAAUGGACGGGGAGUGGGAGCCUCCGAUGAUCCCAAAUCCAGAUUACAAGGGUGAAUGGAAACCAAAACAAAUAAAAAACCCCAAUUACAAAGGUGCCUGGGUUCAUCCAGAGAUCGAUAAUCCUGAAUAUGCUCCUGACACAAAUAUAUACAGAUUUGAGAACAUUGGUGUGAUUGGACUGGAUCUAUGGCAGGUGAAAUCUGGUACUAUUUUUGAUAAUUUCCUCAUUACUGAUGAUGAAAAAUAUGCAGAAGAGUUCGGCAAGGAGACCUGGGGAAAGACCAAGGAGCCUGAGAAGAAGAUGAAGGAAAGUCAGGAUGAGGAAGAAAGCAAACGUAUGGCUGAGGAAGCGAAAAAGAAAGACGAUGAGGCUGAUGAAGAUGAGGAUGAAGAAGAUGAGGAGGAAGAGGAUGAGGAGGAAGAAGAGGAAAAGAAAGAGGAAGAGGACGAGGAAGAGGAGGAGGAGGAGGAUGCACCAAAAGAUAAAACUAAAGAAAAAGAUGAAUUGUGAAAUCUGUAUAUUGUCAGCCAUGCCCAAUCAAUGUUUUUCAGCGAUUUAAUCCUUUCACCUCUAUCAUCUCUUAAGGUUUCUGACUGAAAGGUCUCCCAAAUAGCAAUGCAGUGCUUACAAACUUGAGGCUAUGGGCUUUACUACUAAAAGUUUUCUUUGACAUAUAAACUACUUCACUACAUCUUCCAAACGCUCUGACUCUAAUGGGAAUCAGUAGAGCUCAGGUGCUGGGCAAGCCUGUUGAGAAUCAGAAUCGUUGUUUUGUGCCAUUAGCAUCUAAUGGAGCCUAGCAAUGGUUGUAGUUAAUUACUGGGACCUACUGAUUCAAGCCAUGCUGAAGUGAAGAUUGACUGACUCAUCUGAAAGUCUGUUCCUUUGACUCUUUUUUUGUUUUGCCCCAUCAUAGUCCUCUGGAAAAAGUUGUUGGUUUCUGGCAGCUAUGUUUUCUUACUGGGAAGGCAGAAUGUCUGAAUCUGUCUCUCCUCUUCAUGGUUGAGAAAAUUCCUCAGGGCAGAUGGGAUGUAAAUUUCCUUCUGUUGACCUAGAGAUGCAGAUUUGUUCUGGGGAAAACUCCUCAAACAUUUUUCAAUAUUAUUUCAGUUCUUCUGAAUGAAAUAUUUCUGUCUGACCUGAUGAAUGUACUACCGUGAAUAGUACUGGGUAUAGAUUUCAUCCCUGACCCAAUAUAGUGGAGCAUGAAUACUGUGAUGCCUCCUAAAUUGAAGGGAUCAAGAAUUAAAUGAUAGCUGCAUGUUUUUACAUAGGACUGGCAAAAUUAGCUAUGUUGUAAUUAAGCUGUACUGUAUGUAAAUUAGGACAUUGAUAUAAAUACUAUGGCUGUAUUACUUGAAUGCAAUGCAGGAAUUGGAAGGAAUGGAAAGUAAGGAAGUCACCUUGAGAAAUCCACUUUGUUUUUAUUUUAAAUUUUUUAGCAGAGCUUUGUGUCAGGAACUUUUCUUCCAGUUGAGGAGGAGCUGGUGAAUAGAUUAACCAUCGCAUUGAAACUGCAUUCACAUCAGUACCCGAUGGAAGAUUCCAUUGUUGGAUCUUGGUGUAAAUAAUUGCAAUCCUAGGUAAUGCCCCACUUUUCAGCUGAGGUUUUGAUUAUUUUUGGUACCUUUUCAAAAACAAAAUGAAGUCUGUCUUUAACUGAUUUUGUAGGGUCUGAAUGUAUUUCCAGAGAAAACAUUUUUGUUUUAAAUAAACCUGUACAAAAAUUGUCAAA